CAGUUUCGACUAUGACCAAGUCUGCAUAAUUUUAAUACUUUUUGUGCAAGUGAUUUUAAUAAAGGUGUGGUCAGUUUUGUGAUAGCAAUAUGAAGUGGAUUUUUUAUGUGAUAGUAUUUAUUUAUAUGUUCUAUAGGACAGUUUACGGGAAAGUACAGCCAACUCUUCACAAGGAACCGCGGAGCACUAUAUCAAUCGACCCCAUAGAUUAUGGACAGAAUGGAAAUUACUUCGAAACUGGAAAACGAAUCACCAUCGCUUGCAAAGGUGCCAGUAAGAAUCAAAAGGUGGAAUGGGUAAAUCCUGAGGGCGAAGUAGUCCAGCGGAAUAUACAGAACAGGGUGUAUGCGCAGGAGCAUUUCGUGGCCUCGUACAAGACGCGCUUGCCUGCCUUACUGCUGACGAUAUCUCUCGCUACUGUAGAGGAUACUGGAGUGUGGGAGUGUCGGGCGGGAGACACAACAAGAGAAGUUUCCCUCUGCGUGAUAGAUCCCUCCUCCUUCGUGAAUACUCCCUCGGAAGUUGCGGUAGACCACGGUCGAUCUAUCACCCUGUCGUGUCAGGCAAGGGGCGAACCGGAGCCUCGACUGUUGUGGUACAGGAAUGGAGAAAUCAUCACUGAUGAUCCCAGUUCGUCGAAGUACGAGUUAAUGACGCAGUACCACAGUCAAGGCUUCGCUGGACUGCUGACGAUCACGUCCGUCGAAAGUGAGGACAACGGAGACUAUUUCUGCGAAGCUAUUCAGGAAAGCCCUCGCGAUGAAGAGUGUUCUGCUAGAAUAAAAAUGAAUAUAACACUUCAUGUUAGCUCUCCUCCAACUUUUGCUGGCGGCAAUGAAACAACAAUGGUGCCUGCAGAAGAGAAUAAAAGUGUGGACUUAGUAUGCGCGGCCAACGCAUAUCCAAUCCCAACAUAUAGAUGGUUCAAAGAAGUCGGCAACAUACUCUCUGAAUAUCCACAAGAUGAUAUCUUGUUACAAGAUAAUGGCGCUGAAGCAGUGAUCACAGUAACUGCAAACGCAUCCACAUUUGGCCACAGGUUUCAAUGUAGAGCCUCCAAUGAAUAUGGGGAGAUGGACAAAGUUUUUACUUUGAUUCAUCUAGAGAAACCGCCGAAACCAGAUAAGAUAAGUGUUAGUGCUGCUGAUCAUGAAACAAUAAAGUUUUAUGCACAUUGGAAGCAAAUUGAAUCGCCUUUCCCUGUGGACAAUAUGAUUGUUCAGUAUUUUAAGAAGGAAUUAUUAGGUAAGAGAAGUAUACUUAGAGAAAUUGAUUGGAAAAGGGGAAAGGAAACUGUAAUUAAAACGGAUGAAAAUGGCCUCAUCAAUGAAGAGCAACCAGGUAUUUACUUCACCCUGUCAGGCCUGGAAGAAGAACAGGAUUACGUAGUACGAAUGCGUGCGCUUAACGAAGCGGGCACCUCUUCAUGGUAUGGAGCCAUUCAUGCGUCAACUCUUGAGAAAACAGAAGAAACUGAAGAACUACCCAUUGAAGAAGAAUCUGAAGAAGAUAAACCACAAUAUACAGCAGCCGCUCUCUCUGAUGGCACGUUCUAUGGUGUAUUCUUUGCCGGUGGAAUCAUAGUGAUAGUUGUGGGAUGUAUGUUUAUUAUGAGAAUGGUCUAAAUUAGUAUUCAUUAUAAUAAUGCUGAUAGUCCAGGAUCUGAGGAGUAUUUUUACAAUUGAUUAAUAUCUAGUUAAUUUCCCGUGUGUAGCUUCAUCUUGAUGAAACGUUCAGUUUUAAUAUUUACGAUUUUUUUUAGAUUUUGGUCUAACAGCUACAAAUUGCGUGAUCCUACAAAUUGUGUGGUACGUUAUCUCAUUCUUACGCUCAGAAGUUUUUAUUACCUAGUAACCCUGUUAGCUACCAGAACCAAUAAUUUUCGUAAAUAUAAAAGUUGUGCGUCUCAUCGAGAUGAAGCUAAUUCCGGAAAAUUAACUUGAUAGUAUAAUUUUUAAAAAUUCUCCAGGUACUUGGAUUAUGACUUUUGUAUUGAACCCGUUGAAUUUGGUCACAAAUGAACUAAAACCUAGAAGAAAACUAAAACCAGUCUGUAAUCGUUACUUAGAAACGUAUAAAUUUAUAAAUAUAAAUAAAUCAAAAUACAUUCUAAAACACUAUUACUUAGCAGCAUUUGAAAUAAAUUAUUUGAAUUUGGA